GGCAUGCGACUGCGACCUCAUCAAGUGCUUUAGAGCUGCGCACUCAGAAUUCAGAAGGUGGCUUUAAGCCCACUGUAGCCCGUCGAGCUCUGAGUCCACGCGGGACUGAAAAGGGGACUGUGGAGUCCAAGCCAACCCCAACUGUGGUCAAUUUACGCUCAUGGAUGUUCUUUGUCGUGAGCAUGUGCACAUCUGAAGCUGCUCUUGCCUUGUACAUAGAGCCAGUGAGCCUGAUCUCUCAGGCCAGUUUCUCUUCUGCUCGCGAGACCAUUGUCUUAAUCUCUGCUGCUCAAGGGUCCUAAGAGGUGAAGAGUGGUUGACACUUAUUGCGAGCUUACGAGUCACAGACAGACAGACCGCCGGCCAGGGAGCAGGCAGUGCAGACACAUGGCCUUGGAAAGAAGCACCAUGCUUGCUCUGUUGUUAAUUUCUCUGGGUCUGCUUCAGACUGCUCUAGCAGCUGAGUACGUAGUGGGAGAUGCCACGGGCUGGACUUACGAUGAAACACUCAAAUUCUACAACGAUUGGGCAGCGAGCAAGACCCUCAAAGUCGGGGACUCACUCAAGUUCAACUGGGUAAGCGUGCACGAUGUCGUUGAAAUGAGCCAAGCGGAUGCUGACGCUUGCAACAGCGUAGGCAACAAGAUCAGCGAGUGGCAGGAGUCUGGCGCCGUGGUAGACCUGACAACUGCCGGAACUCACAGUUACAUCUGCUCCAUCGGCAGUCACUGCAAUGCGGGUAUGAAGAUGACAGUCACCGUCCUGGCAGCAGACACUUCAACUCCAGCCUCCCCUCCACCUCCCGCCACGCCUGGUGUGACCGCUGCUCCUCCUCCACCUCCCACGGCUGCCUCGAGCAUCCAGUUGCGCCAACCAUUAAUCGUUGGAGCGCUGGCCCUCAUCGCAGCUUGCGCUGCUCUCUCUUUCUAAUAGGACUCGAAGCGUUUUUCUCGUGAAAAGAGGAAUGUCCCAACAACCUGCGCAGAUUCUGCCAGAGACAUGUCUCCCAUCACCCAGAAUUAUUAUUGUCAUAUCUCGGAAACUCAGACGCGAAUAUUCAUUGUAAAUUUGAAAACCAUAAAUCAUUAGCAAAGAUGGGUCCAUAAGACGUCAUACUCGAU